AUGUUAUUCCCGGACGGUGGAACAGAAGAUAAGGAGGAGGAUGAGAUGAAAAAAGAUGAUACUGAAGAGUUGUACGAGCAUUUGAGGAAAGAUGAUGGAAAGCCGAUUUUGGAUGAAGGAGAUGAGAAAAAUGAAGAGAUAAUGGAUGAAGGAGUAGAGGAAGCACUCAAGGAAGCUGAAGAUGAAGCCGCUGCAACAGAUGCAACCACACCCGAGCCAGCGACAUUUGAUUCGCUGCGGCCACCAAGGCCAAAGCGACCAGUGGACGAGGAUGAGAUGCCUCCUUAUGAUGAGGAAACGCAAAAGCUUAUUGCAGGUCGGCUGAGUUGA